AUGUGCGAGGAGCAUGGUGUCAAUACCGACUCGAAGGAUGAGAACAUGAAAGGGUGUUUGGUGGAUGACGGUGACAGCGAGGGCCCGCGGGGAUACAUUGACGUUUUCUUCAACGAGGGCAAGUCCAUGGAUAAGAAGGUCAGAUAUGUGCCCCGGGCAAUCUUGCUGGACACCAACAUGGGCGACCUUGCGUCAAUUGCCGAGGACGUUCAGGUUGGUGAUCUUUACAGGCCUGAAGACAUCAUCGGCAAUGACGAGUCUUCCGGCAACUGCUAUGCGAAGGCAUUUCAUACCGAGGGACCAGACCUGGCCGACCGAUGUCUGGAGAUGGUCCGCAAGGAGGUGGAGAAAUGCAAUUGCUUGCAAGGGGUCCAAUUCUGCCAUUCUGCCUCCGGUGGUACUGGGACUGGGUUGACGGGUCUCCUGCUGAAAACGCUCAGAGAUUAUUUGGACAAGCAGAGCCGAGCGGUCAUGCAAAGCUUCGUUUUGGCUCCAGCCCCAGCAAUCUCGGACGUAGUUCUCGAGCCGUACAAUGCGUGUUUAUGCUUCCAGGACUUAUUAGAGUACACGGAUCAGGUGUUUCUCUUCGACAACAAAGCCCUUGGCGAAAUAUGCCAGAGAGCUUUGGAGAAGGACAUGCCAAAAAUGGUUGAUCUGAAUAGCAUCAUAGCGCGGUGCAUGUCGGGCAUCACGUCCUGCCUCCGAUACACUGGGCCCUUGAACGCGGAUCUGCGAAAGCUACAGACCAACCUGGUGCCCUUCAAGAAUGCACACUUUCUCAUCAACGGCUUGGCACCGUUGAACUCCUUGGCAUCUGGAAAGUACAGGAGGGCCACCGUGCUGGAUCUGUCGCAACAGAUGUUGUCGAAGGACAAUGUGACAGUAAAGUGCGAUCCGCUCAACCCUGGAGACGAAUUCCACGGAAUGCAGAAGGCGCGCUUCCUUGCAUCCUGGACAUCGUGGAAAGGAAAGUUCCAAACAAAGGAGGUGGACAAGGCCAUGCACGAAAUACAAAAGGAUGGAUCGCGGUAUGACAAGUUUUUCCCGGACUGGAUCCCGAACUGUAUCGCUUCGAGCAUCUCGGGAGGGAAGCAGAAACAGGACAUUCCGCGAAGUGUGGUCUUUGCGACAAACAACACUGCCGUGCACGAGGUGUUCGACAGGUCCAUCAAAUCCUGGGAUUGCAUGUACAAGUCGAAAGCCUACGUGCACGUCUUUGAGCAGGACGGCAUCUCCGUCCAGGACCUCAUGGAGAGCCGCAAUAUCGUGCAGUACAUCUCCGAUGCGUACACCGAGUUUGCACGUUGGGAAGACAAGUUCUUCGAGGAAAUGUCGGGUGGACCAAAGCCUGUCAUCCGCGAGCGCGCGAUUGACAACGAUGAGCAGCGCAACAUCGCUCAAGAAUUGAAGGCGCAUGUUCUUUCACGCGGGCUCGUGCCAUGUCUCAGACUGUGCUUGAGUCGAGUGUAG